CCUGUGACCUGUAGGCAUAUAAUAAGCAGAAGGCAUAUAUAAUUAACAAGGAGGAUAAAAUUUAUGCUCUUGAAAAUAUAAACAAAUUGUGCAAAUUGGGUGGCGCAGGUGGUUAACUUUGAGACAAAGUUUCGGUUUCUUCCAGUGUGUUUGUAAAUGCGACUCCCACCUCAUUUUCCUGUAGAAACUAUGUUGUUCAUGAUCAGGAUGCCCAGGUCAGUCUUCAGGACCUAUUUAACUGGUUCAUACAAGUGAAGAUUGGUCUUGUAUUAAGAAACUUAACUUCCACCAUGGCUAACAGUAUUUCUAAUGAUUAUUCCUUCAUUCAACAUAGGUCGUGAAAGACCUGACCCACAGGAAUGUUCAUUCAAACUCCAAAUGAGGCUGCCAGAAACUCAUCUUUCUCUGGAAAAGACCACCAGCAUUCUCUUUUAGUAGCGGAGCGUCUUGAUUCUGCCCGAAGUACACCAGGGUUCUGAAGGUGCAUCUGGUGAUCUGCAAGAAGAUGUUAAAAACUUUAAGCAACCAUCGCAGUAAUGGAUCUCUGUCAGAAAAAUGAGACUGACUUAGAAAAUGGUGAAAAUAAUGAAAUUCAAAGCACAGAAGAAACAGAACCAACCUGUACUUGUCCAGAUGGAAGAAGUGAAAAGAAUCAUGUUUAUUGUCUUCUCGAUAUCAGUGACAUUACGCUUGAACAAGAUGAAAAAGCCGAAGAGUUUAUUAUUGGAACGGGAUGGGAAGAGGCAGUCCAAGGGUGGGGAAGGACUUCUCCAGCUGCCUGCAUCUGGCCGAGGAAGUUACCAAAAAAGGCGAGGGUAGGGGAAGGUGCCUGCAGUGACUGCUUGGUGUGUCUUAACCUGGCCCACAGGAGCCUCGAGACCAAGCCUCCUACGGAGGGGGGCCCAGAGAAGGAUCAGAGCAGCCCCUCCCAGACUCAGGCAGCCCUCCAGGGCCCCAGCACCGCUUCCAGGGCGAUUAGCAACAUCUGCUUUCCCACCUACUUUCGAACAGAGAAAAAAAGUCUGCAAAUCAAGGAGUUUAUUUGGUGCACCGAAGACUGGGCCAUCCCGGACAGUAGUAGGGGCAAGGCCCUUCGGAACCCCAGUGGAGGGGCCCACAGAGGGCUGUCCAUCCCAGGCCCCCUGACUUCCAGGGCCCUCCUAGUUCUGCCACCCCUGAAGGCUUCACUUUCAAAUGCCUUGGAUGUUCUGGGUAAGAAGAGUAAGAACUCUUUCUUGCAGUCAGAAGAGAAGGUGCUGAGUGUGGAAAAGGAUGGGUGUCUGGCUUGUGCAUAUGGCUUGAAGACAGCAGAUGGGAAAGGUGAAAAGAGACCCAGUGAGCUGGCCAAACACACUGUGGUCAACGACACGCCAUCCUCCCCUUCCCCAGCGGCCCGGACAUCCCUGCUGGCCGAUCCGGAGCAGUGCUGCCUGCACUGGUCCCUCCUGUCUGAGAAAAACCUGGCGUGCCCUUCAGACUCCAAUAACGUUCGCUAUCUUGCUGCCUUGCAGCUUCUGCAGAAACGGGGAGUGCAAAACUACAAAUCCAAAUUCCAAGCCAAGGAUCCAAGACCUCCUGUGAUCACCCAAAAGGCCAAGCAGGAAAACAGGCCCCAGAUGCUGGAGACCAAAGUGUUCACAAGACCUCUCUUGCCAUCCCUCACAGUGAGCAGAGUUGUCAUUCCGGUCUCUACCCACAGGAUCCUCUGAGCGGUCACGGGAGAACCCCUGGGAAUAAGCGCUGCGUGAGAUGCAGCCAUCCUUUCUCUUUCUUCUCUCUCACUUCUCACCACCCCCGAUUCUUUCUUUCUCUCCUCUCCGUCAGUCUGUUUUUCCUCUUCUUUUCCUCCUUUUUUUUUUGUAGUACAACCGAAGAAAACUGAACCUCUGUGAAUGGGUUGGGAUUUAUUCUCUAAAACACCAUAUUCAUGUGUUACCUGCUUCUGCUACUUAGCCAUUCACAAAAUGCCAAUUGAUCAUGCCAGCCCUGGCCUCUGCCUGCCUCAUGUCCACACCCAGCAGAAGCCACACAGAAGGUGGGGAAUCCAAAGGGCCUCCUUCCCUCCAUGCUGGCCCCAGGCCAGCCCAGAGCUGUCUGGCAGGCGCCCUUUCGGCCCCACCCCCGUGCCUCAAACUAAGUAUACUGGACUGGUUUAGACCAAACUGCCUCCUGAUCUUUUGAAUGAAGCAGGUAGCUAUCUGCUGCCUCAUUUGCUCUUGCAACAAAGAUCUAAAGAAUUGCUUUAAUAGAAAACUCCAGGCCGGGUGCGGUGGCUCACGCCUGUAAUCCCAGCACUUUGAUCGAGGCCAAGGCGGGUGGAUCACCUGAGGUUGAGAGUUCGAGACCAGUCUAACCAAUGUGGAGAAACCCCGUCUCUACUAAAAUAAUACACAAUUAGCCGGGCGUGGUGGCGCAUGCCUGUAAUCCCAGCUACUCAGGAGGCUGAAGCAGGAGAAUCGCUUGAACCCGGGAGGCAGAGGUUGCGGUGAGUCGAGAUUGUGUCAUUGUACUCCAGCCUGGGCAAUAAGAGCGAAACUCCGCCUCAAAAAAAGGAAAAGGAAACUCCAGCUUGUGUCCAGGAUGUCCGAGGCAUCAGAGACCCUGUGUGUCCAGGGUGUCACGCCCUCAGAUUGUUUCCAUGCAUAUACACUGUCUGUCGUUUCCUGCAUGUUCAGAUUGCUAUAUCCUCAGAUUGCACCCUCAUAUUAAUCUCUGUGUCUGGAAGUUUUAGCCACAGUGCUACAAAAUCCAGCCUGGGAAGCAGGUUAAGAAUAAUUACUUUUUGGGGCCGGGAGGGGUGGCUCAUGCCUGUAAUCCCAGCCCUUUGGGAGGCCGAGGUGGGCGGAUCACGAGGUCAGGAGAUUGAGACCAUCC